UGUGAUUUUGUUCUCAGUUCCCAGUUCUCACAUUUCUGACUCACGUUCGCAAAUCGCUAAUCGCGAACUUGUCACCGUCGUCGACCUCGCCGUGCAUGAUCUAUCGUUAAGGGUUUCUGAUCAGAAGUUGGUUGGUUAUGGCGACGGCGACGUAUCCACCGCCGCCACCUUAUUACCGGCUUUACAAAGAUUACUUGCAAAACCCAGACUCUGCUCCCGAGCCUCCACCCCCAAUUGAAGGCACCUACGUUUGUUUCGGAGCCAAUUACACUACCAGUGAUGUACUGCCAAGCUUGGAAGAACAGGGGGUGCGCCAGCUUUAUUCCAAGGGGCCUAAUAUUGAUUUCAAGAAGGAGCUGAGGUCACUUAAUGCAGAAUUGCAACUACACAUAUUGGAGCUUGCUGAUAUUCUUAUUGAGAGACCGUCACAGUAUGCUAGGAGAGUUGAAGAAAUUUCUACUGUAUUCAAAAACUUACAUCACCUUCUGAAUUCACUUCGUCCUCAUCAGGCAAGAGCAACCCUGAUUCACAUUUUGGAGCUUCAGAUACAGCGCCGUAAACAAGCAGUGGAGGACAUAAAGAGGAGGAGAGAAGAAGCUCGCAGUCUCCUUAAAGAAGCCCUGACAAUACUGGAUGGCCAAUAAGGCAAAACUAGUCAAAUGGUUCUUUAAAUUAUGGAUACAAGAUUAUUAAAAUUAUUUGUCAACUUCAAUGUUACUAAAAUUAUUUGUAGUUUCAUCAUAAACAAUGAGUUGUUAUGAUAUUCUGAUGGGUGUGGUAGUCAGUUUAAGCUGAUAAAAGAUGCUUGAGGAGUGCCUUACCCAAGAAAUAACCAUAGGUGCCGCAGUAAUGCCAUAAAACAAGUCUGACAAAUGCAAUUUUAAGCAAGGUUAUUGAAACUUGGGUUCAACUUAUUAAAUCCCUUAUUUAUAGCAGGGUUUUGAUGUCUCCUAAA